CUGAGGCCUAGGCAUUCAUUUCAGUUUCAACUGAGGACGUACUCUGUUGGCGCAUCCUCAUCUCUGUACAACGCGCUGCCUCCUCCAAAUUCACAAAUCUCUACCGAUGCAACUUCCUAUCAUCACUCAGCCAAUGCCAGCCGGUCGGAAGGAAGCUCCGUGUUCGCUGAUGCAAGUGCUGCAGCAAUAAAUACAAAUCCCAGGAAAUUUUAUGCGCCACCACCGUCAGCUGCUAGUUUAUCAACAUAUGGCGUUGUGAAACCAGCUGGAAUGCGACUGCACGUGGAUCGUCAUCGUCAGAGCAGUGCCAGUAGUAAUAACACAGGUCCAUCAAAAAGUCGACGAAAGUUACGACAUCGGGCUCGUCUUGCUGCUGAUCAUAGUCCUCCCCCAUCUUAUUCACAGGUGACAGUUACACGUCCGGUCUAUGUUGAUCCAGGAAUGGAAUGCAGUGAAGAGGAAUCUCGACAAUUGCGUGCUCCAACGAACAGCAGAAUUGUUUCUUCAAUUGAUUCUUCAUCACAGGAAGGCACCAAACAAGUGCUGCUAUCAAGUAUCCGUCGAAAUAAACCACGAAAGCAGCGCGUACUUGCUUGUCCCUCAUCAUCUUCCGAAAUCUCAGUUAAUUUUCAGCAGUGAGA